GCGCCUGAGGGCGCCGAGUGACUCGGCGCACGCGCAGAUCCCGCCCGACUUUGUAAAGUCGCUGCCUCAGGUUGGGCCGGGACCGGCUGCCAUCUUGGCCGAGGGACGGAGCAGCCGCCGCGCCGCCGUGCCCGAUUCAAGAUCCAGCCCAUAUUAUGGCUGGCAGUGGGUCCAGAGCAGGACCAUCCGGUGGGUUUUCCAUGAAAUCACAGCUCCAAGUCACUGUUAUUUCAGCGAAACUGAAAGAAAAAAAUAAGUGGUUUGGACCAAGCCCUUAUGUGGAAGUCUCGGUAGAUGGACAGUCCAAGAAGACAGAAAAAUGCAACAAUACAAACAGUCCGAAGUGGAAACAGCAUCUUACAGUAAUUGUCACUCCUGUAAGUAAAUUAAACUUUCGAGUCUGGAGCCAUCAAACAUUGAAAUCAGAUGUACUUCUGGGAAGUGCUGCUCUGGAUAUUCAGGAGACUUUGAAAUCAAACAGUAUGAAACUUGAGCAGGUAGUGGUGACGCUGCAUCUUGUUGGUGACAGAGAACCAGCAGAAGUGGUGGGAGAUCUGUCUGUCUGUCUAGAUGGGCUGCAGGUAGAUCCUGAGCUCCUCACCAACGGUGAUGCCUCAAGUACAAGAAGUCCUACACAGAACGAUGGCUCCAAACUAAGGAGCGAUACACGGACGAACUCAAACGGCCUGGAAAGCUGUGAAGAUGCUGCUCCCGGUGAAAACAAGACUGUUAAUGGCAGCGAUUCUCCGUUACUCACAAACGGCAACUGCAAACCCGCCCGACCCCCCCGGCCUUCGCGACCGCCGCCCCCCACGCCACGCAGACCCCCCUCAGCAGCCGCAAGUGUAAAUGGUCCUUCGUCCACAUCCACAGAAAACGAUGGGGCCAGUGCAGGAUCGCUGGCAGGUACAGCUGCAAAUACAUCCUCGGAGCAGAGCCCUGAGGGGGGCACAGCUGCAACAACAUCUGCAUCAACAGCUGGAACAACAACUGCAACAACAGCUGCAACAACCACUCCUGCAACAACUGCUCCUGCAACUGCUGCACUCACCACACCUCCCGUAUCAAGACAAGUCCAGCCAGUAAAUCCUCCUCCUCAGGGCCUUCCUACAGUCAGUCAAGGUCCCCUCCCGCCUGGUUGGGAGCAAAGAGUAGACCAGCAUGGUCGAGUUUACUAUGUAGAUCAUGUUGAAAAAAGAACAACGUGGGAUCGGCCCGAGCCUCUUCCUCCAAGCUGGGAGCGGCGAGUUGACAACAUGGGGAGAAUCUAUUACGUUGACCACUUCACUAGAACGACAACGUGGCAGAGACCGACCCUGGAGUCUGUCCGCAACUACGAGCAGUGGCAGCUGCAGCGCAGUCAGCUGCAGGGAGCCAUGCAGCAGUUCAACCAGAGAUUUAUCUAUGGGAACCAGGACUUUUCAUCCACACAGAACAAAGAGUUUGAUCCCCUUGGCCCUCUGCCACAUGGAUGGGAAAAGAGAACCGACAGCAACGGCAGAGUGUAUUUUGUCAAUCACAACACACGGAUCACUCAGUGGGAAGAUCCCAGGAGUCAGGGUCAAUUAAAUGAGAAACCCUUGCCAGAGGGCUGGGAAAUGCGAUUCACUGUGGAUGGCAUUCCGUAUUUUGUGGAUCACAAUAGAAGAACCACUACGUAUAUAGACCCCCGCACGGGCAAGUCUGCUCUAGACAAUGGACCCCAGAUCGCUUAUGUGCGUGAUUUCAAGGCAAAGGUCCAUUAUUUCAGAUUCUGGUGUCAGCAACUGGCAAUGCCACAACACAUCAAGAUCACAGUGAGCAGGAGAACAUUAUUUGAAGACUCAUUUCAACAGAUAAUGAGCUUCAGCCCUCAAGAUCUCCGGAGACGUUUAUGGGUUAUUUUCCCUGGUGAAGAAGGCUUAGAUUAUGGAGGUGUUGCAAGGGAAUGGUUCUUUCUAUUGUCGCAUGAAGUUUUGAACCCAAUGUAUUGCCUGUUUGAAUAUGCAGGGAAAGAUAACUACUGCUUACAGAUAAAUCCAGCCUCCUAUAUUAAUCCAGACCAUCUGAAAUAUUUCCGAUUUAUUGGAAGAUUCAUUGCCAUGGCUUUGUUCCACGGGAAAUUCAUUGACACUGGUUUCUCUCUGCCGUUCUAUAAACGUAUCUUGAACAAGCCAGUGGGACUCAAGGAUUUAGAAUCUGUUGACCCAGAGUUUUACAACUCUCUCAUCUGGGUAAAAGAGAAUAACAUUGAAGAAUGUGGCUUGGAAAUGUUUUUCUCAGUUGAUAAAGAAAUUCUGGGUGAAAUCAAAAGCCACGAUUUGAAGCCAAAUGGUAGCAACAUUCUGGUCACAGAAGAAAACAAAGAAGAAUAUAUCAGGCUGGUAGCGGAGUGGAGACUUUCCCGAGGUGUUGAGGAGCAGACACAGGCUUUCUUUGAAGGCUUCAAUGAAAUUCUGCCACAACAGUAUUUGCAGUAUUUUGAUGCUAAGGAACUGGAGGUGCUUCUGUGUGGCAUGCAGGAGAUCGAUCUGAACGACUGGCAGCGCCACACCAUCUACCGCCACUACACCAGGACCAGCAGGCAGAUCGUGUGGUUCUGGCAGUUUGUGAAAGAAAUAGAUAAUGAGAAGAGAAUGAGACUCUUGCAGUUUGUUACUGGAACAUGCAGAUUACCAGUGGGAGGAUUUGCUGACCUCAUGGGGAGCAACGGACCCCAAAAAUUUUGUAUUGAAAAAGUUGGAAAGGAAAACUGGUUACCUAGAAGUCAUACCUGUUUCAAUCGCUUAGACCUUCCACCCUAUAAGAAUUAUGAGCAGUUGAAGGAAAAGCUGUUAUUUGCAAUCGAAGAAACAGAAGGAUUUGGGCAAGAAUAGCUAAAAUUUGCACCUUGAAGAAUGUGAACUCAACACGGUGUAUGUUCUUCACUUCUGCUUGUUGCACACUUCAUUGUAAAGUAGACUUGACUUGGAUUUAUUUAACAAUACUAAUGUGUAAGUGAAUGGAUGUUAUCCUGAGGUUUUAUCCACAUUAACUCUGGGUUUCUGCUGAGCACUUUCAAAAAUCAAAUGAGCAAUCAGAUACGGCUACAAAUGAAUUACGAUUAAGUAGCAGUUUAAUACAGCUUUGGGCUCUGCUUUCUUUUACCAUUCGUUAAUUAGAAUGUGUCCUUAACGACAGAUUUUUAAUAAUAGUUUUGUCUUUCCUUUUUUAGUAGCAUUUUUUGCUACUGAUGCACUGGGAAGUUCAUUGGUAGCUGCAAUGCUGCAGCAUCCUCAUACACCUCGUUAGACAGCAGUGUUAUUAGAGCCAGCGUGCGACCCUCCUCUGCGUUCCAGGAGCAAAUCCACUGCUUAAGCUCUUUUUUCUAAGCCAAGUGUGGCCAGACUGUUUUUCCUCACCUGGAGUCUGCUCACUGGACUCAAGCUGCUGUUAAGGGGAUGUCAAACUGUGGCACAAACCCAGGGCAUAGCUUUGCUUUGGGGUCUUUUUUUGUGGUUUGUUUGUUUUUUUCCCAAUCCUGCUAAUUUCAGCAAAAUAGACAUGCGCCCAAAGUUGUUGGAACAUUUUUGUGUGCCCUCAGAAGAAUUCUGGUCUUUUUUCUGUGUAACACCUUUAACUUUUAAAUCAAUACUAACACUGUGGUACUUUGCUUGUUUUGCAAAAGACAAGACCACCUGGGAUUGCACUGAUUCCAUGUAGAUUCCUGUUCGCAGGCUGAUGUUUCUUGUCAAAAGUGUUAAUGGACAUUGUUCUCAGUGUUAUUCCUACGUGUUGCAGUCAGGAGACUUUAUUGGGUUCUCAAGAAGAGGUGCAAAAACAACUGGAUUCAGAAAAUGAUAAUACUUACUUUUGCUGAUGAACUGAUACAUAAUACUGGCUGGGGUGAAGGGGAUUAGAAAGUUCAGACACGGAUCACAGAGUCUUGAAAAGUUGGAGCAUGAGUAAAUAGUUCUAUAAAGACUGAAACUAAAGUUUUGGGAGGAGGUUUCUAAGCUAAUUCACCCUAAGCUUAUAGCUAGUGACUUUUGUAAUCAGUUCCUAUUGGAUUAGUAACAUCUUUUCUUUCCUUUUAGAAUCUCUUAAUCUUCAAUUCCCUUCUGGUUUACAAUAACGUUUUGAAUUUUACUGCUCCUUUAGACUGAAUGCACUUUUUAGGUCUGGUCAGCUCUUCCCCUGCCUCAAGGGAAGAAACCAAACAUCAGUGAGAUGAGCUGUGAGCCGCAGUAGGAGACCAGACACUUGAAAUCGCAUGUAGCACAUAUUAAAUAUAAGCGCAGCUCAAAGCCUUGGGACGGGAGCUGUUUUUCAGAGGCUCCUCAAUAGCAGAGCUGCAACGGGACAGAGGGACGCCGUAAAACACAGCUUCCAGUCUUUAAAGAUUUCUUGCCUGCUGUCCCUUCUGGCUGAACUAUAAGAGGUGAAAACUGAUUCAGGCCUAACAAGAACCAAGGGAGGACAGUUUUUAACUGAACUUCAGGAGUUUUUCAGGUCGCGCAAAGCGAUACUUGCCUCUUGGAACGCAGAAUAAUUCCAUUUUAGAGUGAGAAGCUCUUUUGUCACGCGUGGAGAAGAGUUUCUGAUGAUACAGAAAUGACCCUCUUUUACAGUUCCAUUGAUGGUGAGAACUUUAUGGGUUUAUAGGAGGAAAAUCUGCCAACUUCAAACCAUUUGAUGGAUAUAUUACAGUAAUACAGCUCGUGAGGAGAGAAAAAAAAAAGCCUUAUAAAUAUUUUCUGUUUAUAUUAAUUCUUACAAUGAAAUGUAGUUAUCUAACAUAUUUACGAGAGAGAUUAAAUUAAGCAAGAUAAUGCAAGAUUAAGCUAUGAAAAUAGUCUGUGUUCUGCAUAAUGCUUUAUGAUUCAUGUAGGGAACCUAGAAAUAUUGUUAAUGUAUAAAUAUCACCCAAAAGGCUUUCAGCCCUAUAUUUUUAAAAUAAAGAAUAGUUAUAAUUGAAAUAGCCUUAGCCCUAGUUCUAUAGGGUAUGGCUGUUGAAUAUUUUUAUGGUUGAAAUGUUUAGUUCAGGAAAAAGGUAAAUGCUUGUAUAUAUUUUUGCAGUCUGGGAUUCCACUUAUUCCAUUUUUCUUUCUUUAAUUUAAAUGGCAUGUUUAUAUGUCUUUUCUGCUGUAUUAGGAUGGGGGAAAGGGGGCUGGAUAUCCCAAGCACCAGAUACUAUUUUAAAAUAAAUAAAGAAUAAACCCAAGGGGAAAAAAGCCCAUGGAUUUGACCAAAAUAUAAAUAAUUGAAAGCAACUUUACUGUUUUAAAUGGGCAAUAUUUCUGUUUCCUUAGGCAUUUUACUUUGUCACAGAUCUGUUAAUUUUAUAGCCUGUUGGGUAGAAAUACAAAGGAAUGAAUAUGAGCCACUGGUGCACUUUUCUGUUCUCUAUGGGGACCUGGUGAAAACCACUUGUGGACGAUCCCACAGUGUCCGGUAUCCCGCAUAAAAGCUCUGACAAAUUGGACUUAGAAGUAAGAUUUUCAGCAGAGAUGAAUGAAUUUGUCUCCCACUGCUUUGAUGGGUUUAGCAGCCCGGGCUACUGUCAAUUGAUCCUCAUUUUCAAGUAUUAAGAGAAGUUUUAUUUAGAAUUUUGCCUUAUGAGAAUGACAUGAGGAAAUACUCCGCUGAGCUGCUGAUCUAAGAAUUAACAAAGCCUUAUUGUUCUGGGUAGCUCAGGAAGUGUUAAUACACUAGUGAAAUGCACGGUAAAUGCAUCACAUCCUCAUCUGAUCUAGUGUGGAAGUUGUUUGGGUUUUUUAAUCCAGUUGCUUCUGUUUUUUUAAAAAAAAAGCAAAGCUUUUUAAAUUAUUCUGAGGAAAGUAAAGCAAAAACAAAAGCUUUUUGUUGCUGUUUGAAUUUUUAUUAUAUGCUGCACUGGAUUUAUAACCUCAACUCUGUUCUAUUGGUAUCUCCAGCCCCCUUUGUGUGGUGUCUUUUAAUUUUCUUCAAGAUUCACUGUUUGUGUAUAUGUGCUCUAGUGAACUCGUAUAUAAACUGAGAUCAGCAGCACUGGAUUGUAAAAUACUGUACUGAAACUCAUUGUUGGAAUUUCCUUGCAUUGUAAUUUCAAAUACUCAGGUAACUGUAACAGUAUCUCAGUAAGUCAAAUACUUUUAUAAAACUACUUAAAGAGCUGGUA